CUCACUUCCGCACUUUUCGUACUCCAUUUUUCACAGCAGUAGGUUGACGGUGGAAGAAACAAAAAAGGUCUCUGAGCAUUUGGUGCAGAUAUUUCUUCUUGGUUUAACCUCGUGGCUAAUAUCGGCCCAUCAUGUGGGAUGGCCCUCGACCCGGUCCACGCGGUGGGCCGCUGUUACGUGGGGAAAUGUUUGAAGGCAGAGAAUGCCCUGUGCCAGAUUUCAGAGGGAGGGAUUCCAUGCAUAUGGGCCAUAGGCCCCCUGACCGGCCCCCUAUGGACAUGAGGCGGUUUGAGCGUCCGCCUGACAUGAGACCUCGAGACAUGGAGCCUUUAGACAUUCGGGGAAGAGAUCAGCAUCGGGACUUCUUCAGGCCAGGUGAUGAAGCUGAUGUGGGUAUGAGAAGGCGAUAUGAAAUGGAUAUGAGGAACAAUGUUCAAGGUCCCCCAAAUUUUAUGGGUCCUCUCCGACACCCAGUAGACAUAGGUGGAAGAGACAUGAAACCAAGAGGAAUCAGGGAAGGAGAUGGGUCAUUCAUGGAUAUGAGAGACAGAGAGCGGUAUCGUGGUGAGAUGCCAACUUUCGGUGAACCUCCCAUGGAUUCUAGGAGACGGCACCCUAUGAACAAUGUGGGAAGAGAUGAGGGGUUUAGGGACUUUGGUGAUCGAUCUCGCAUGGGCAUGAAGGAAAUAGAUGGUUUCAACAUGGAUAUGAAACCAAGGGAAAGGGAGAUGAUGGACUUUGACAGGAGAAAUGCUCCGUCACUGAACCCCAGGACAAGAUUUGAAGCUGACGUUGAUUUCAGGAACCGCAUGCGACCAACAGAGUUCCGAGAUAGGGACAGGUCUCCUCUGAAAUUUGGUGAAAAUGAUGGGGUGGCAAUGGAUGUGAGAGGGAGGCCUGACCUACCUCCAGACUUUGCUGGAGUAAACAGAUCCAAGUUCAGAGGUGGUGAGGGGAAUUUCAGAGAGCAGAACUUUCCAGAGCAGAUGGGGUUCCGGGGCCGAGAAGACAAGCCACAUUCGGAAGAGUGGCAGGGUCGAGACAUGGGGGGGAGAGGUCCUUUUCUGCCACAUAUGAAGGGAGGACCACCACCUUUUCCAAAAGGCAGAGAGAGAUUUAAUCCAUCCAGAGGCAGAGAAGGUGUGCCAGGGGAAGCUUCUGAUUUCCAGGGAAGAGACCGCCCUCCUACUGACUUGCCUCCAGAUGGACAAAAAGCGUAUGGCUUCCGUCCACCUGGAAGAGAACCUAUAGAAGCCCAGAACUGGGAAAGAAAUGCAUCAACUGAUAACCACUUUCCUGGUCAGGAUUCUUCUUUUUCCUGCAAAGGCCUGCUGGAACCCACCCGGCCACAUAUGGACCCACCACCCUUAAAUGUUCCAGACAGGGUGAAUGAUAAGUGUUGGCCUAUAGACCAGGAUCCACAGCAAGACCAGGCUGUACCGAUGAGUGGAAGACCUCCAUUCCUUAGAGGCUUGGAGCCAUCCCAAGGAAAGAUCUUGGACCACCAUAGCUCAGAUAAUUGCUCCAAUUUCAAUGAGUCAAAAGACCUAUCUUCUGGUAAAGCUCCUGAGGGGGAGAAGCCGACUGGAGGUCAGGAAGAUUUUCCAGAUAGCAACAGUAGUGACUGCAGAGACCAGGACUACAGGGAUAUUGAUUACAGAACAGGAUCAGGUCAUUCCUAUGACUAUGACCAUGGGGAGCCACAUAUAACUGAAAACACUCCAAAAGAAUCCAAUCCAACCCCACCACAGAGAUUUGAUGACUCUGUCUCUCAGGAUCAAGAUUAUAGAGCUGGUGCAGCUGUAAAGGAAAAGGCAUCAAACACCAUUUCCAUUACAGGAAUUCCCAAAACAGCCACAAUGGAGCAGAUCCUUGGUGCGUUUGCAGUCCGUGAUGGCGUCCCUAUGCAGGGCAUGAAGAUAAAGAAUGUUGUGCCAGGUUACAGCUACGAUACGGCCUAUGUGGAGUUUUUAAACAUCGAGGAUGCAGUCCACUUCAUGGAGUCCAACCAGGGAGCACUGAAGGUUGGCACUAAAACAGCACUGAUGAGGUACAUUCAGCCAGAUGGGACAGGCAAGGAAACAUUGCAGCCGGUAAGGAAUAAGGAUACCCAGCCUCUGGAUGCCCCUCUCAUCAACCCUGCUGUGGUUAAGACAGAGCCCAUAGAGACAGCGAAUCCUGAGAGCCAUGACCCCAUGGAGAUGCCUGGUGAACUCCCACAGGGACAGUGGCAGCGCAGCUCCAACCUGACUCCAGAGGCAUGGCAACAGCAAGUGGACCAGCAGCUGCAGCAGCAACAGACAGAGUCCCUGGCAGCUAGGAUCCCACGCCUCCCACUACGCCCUAUGGACCCAAUCUUCAAAGAGAGCAAGACCAUGAUAAUUAAGAAUGUGAAGCCCACCACCACGGUAGAAACCAUUCUGAAGGCCCUGGACCCAUAUGCAUACUUGGAUGAGAGAAAUGUUCGGCUGGUUCGUGGCAAGCCACUGGGGGCCAAGUGCUUCUGCUUUGUGGACAUGGACUCCCAUGAGCAAGUGACACGGCUGGUGGAGGUCCUUACCAAACCACCUCCUCUCAUGAUAGAUGGAGUCCGUGUUUAUGUGGAGGUGGCCAAACCUCUAAAAAACCAGAAAUUUUUUUCCUUAAGUUACAGGAAAGACUAUGACAAAUCUAGCACUUCUCUACUUGGGUACCCCCCAGACAUAAUGGAGCAGUACUAUGCUCAGGCUGUCCAAGCACCUAUGGGAACUCCAGCUCUCAUUCAAGGAGACCCUAUGGUGUCAUCAAACAGAGAUCCAGCUUUGACCUCGGACCCUCACUUGAAUUCAAACUUGGCACAGGGCAUGGCUUAUGUGAGCCCUACUAUGGGUGAUAGCACUUUCCAGGCUUCUGAGCCACAGGUCACCGACACUGUUGCAGUUGUAGCAGCGACUGGAGAUGGAGCCUACAGUUACGCCACCGAAACUCCUGAUAUGUCAACAUACCUCUAUGAUGCCACGUCAGGAUUCUACUAUGACCCCCAGACAACACUUUACUAUGAUCCCAGCUCAAGGUAUUUCUACAAUGCACAGACCCAGCAGUAUCUGUACUGGGACACGGUAACCAAGAACUAUGUCCCAGUAGCAGGGUAUACAACAGACACACAGCCCCCUGUGGCCCAGGCUGCUGCCAUUGUGGCACAGACUAGUGGCCCUGUGAUGGCAGUAGCAGAGACCCCAACACCUGAAACCCCACAGGAGGCAAAGACCACAGACAGCACUCCUGAAAAGAAGGAAGAGGAGGACUCUGCACCUCGCCCAGAGAAGAAAGAGAAGGAAAAAGAGGAGAAACCCAGGAGUCUGGCAGCAUUCAAGAUCAUGAAAGACAUGGAGCGCUGGGCCAAGAUUCAGAACAGGCAGAAAGAGAGCAUCCGCGUGCCAUCACCGGUUCUGAAGACACCAAGUACCAUGGAAGAAAAGAAAACUUCUAAGGCUGCUGAUGCAGCCUUUGCCAUUUUUGAGAGGAAGGGGACAGCUGGAGAUGACCUCUUUAAAAAGCCGUUAGCACCGCCGAAAAAAGAAGAGAAAAAACGCCCAAUGGGUUCUCUCGGUCUGCUGGCGGCAGACUAUGGGGCAGGCAGUGAUGAAGAAGAAGAAGAGAAGCAUGAAGUUCCACGGCCUGUGGUCACAACCCAGGCAGAGGAGAAGGAAGACAAGCUGACAGACUGGAAGAAGAUGGCAUGUCUACUGUGUCGGCGACAGUUCCCCAACAAGGAUGCACUGGUGCGACAUCAACAGCUCUCCGAUUUGCAUAAGCAAAACAUGGAAAUCCAUUUGAAGAUUAAGAGGUCUAAAAAGGAGCUGGAGGCUCUGGAGAACCAGGAGAAACAGCUAAACACAAGAGAGAGAGAAAGGGAGCGGGAACUGACAAGUUCACCAGAAAUGAAGAGGAAAAAAUACCAAAACUCCUGGUCCAGUGGACCCAGGGAAAUGCACAAGGUUGGGGACAGGCCUGGACUGGGUGCAGAGACUAUGGAGCGGAAGAAGAAGGAACCAGUGGUCUGGAACCAUGCCACAUACAAGCAAGCUGUGCGCAAAGCAAUGUUUGCCCGUUUCAAGGAGCUCGAGUGACUUGGCUUUGUGUGCAGAAAUCUAAGUUAUGACUUGAGAAGUCUGUGUGUUUGCUAGGAUCCGUCACCUGCCUUCCUCAUGGGUGAUUGUGUAACUUCAUUUUUUGACUUCUGUAUCGCAUUCCACAUUUCUCUGGUCAGGGAAUAACAGUAUUAGGCAAAGGCCGCUGAUGUGCUGAGCCCUGAGUAGAGAUGGCUGGUGAGGAGGGGGAAGGUUUAGACAGCAGCAAUUGCUGCCUUUGUUGUUGUGAAUCGGCUUUCUCUCCUGAUUGUCUGCCGCACAUACAGAAAACAAGGAUGUGGAUACACGCCUUGAACUCAGUGGUGGGCGUGCCCUCAGCAGCUGGUGGGAUGGUCUAGUGUGAUCUUCGGUCUCUUCACACCUUACGGCUUAUCCGAUGGGUUCCCAUUCAACUUGAACGGUUACCUGAAAGGUUUUAAGGAUUACUUUUGUGAAGUUAGAAUACUUGUAUAUUGCAAUGUGGCUGACGUGUUUUUUGUAUUAAUAGUUAUAAGUCUAGCAGCCGAAUGUACUAGGCCCACUACUGUCACCACUGAAUCUUGUGAAAUGUGCCAGCGGUCGGUUCCAGCAACACUACAGCAUUUGUUCUUUUAACACAAGAUUUUUACAUUUUUUUUUUUGUUCCUGAUAUGUUCUAUAAUCUGAAUUACAUGUAAAUUGUUUUAGUAAAAAAAGUGAAACAAU